AUGCGCAAAAGAGUUUUCAUCCGGAAGUGUCAAUGUAAUAGUUCAUUGGUCCGUUUUCUCGCUUGCUCACCUAUCAUCACCUGCUUUCUUUCUUUCUUUCUUUCUUUCUUUCUUUCUUUCUUUCUUUCUUUCUUUCUUUCUUUUUCCCGCUUGGAGGGAAGCAGAAGAAACCAAAAGAGAAAAAAUUACGAUCGUUUCUUUCUUGUUUCUUUGUUUCUUUUUUCUUUCUGUCGUUCUUUCUUUCUUUCUUUCUUUCGCUUGAAGUUAAGCAGGAGAAAGCAAAAGAGAAAAGUCUUUCUUUCUUUCUUUCUUUCUUUCUUUCUUUCUUUCUUUCCUUCUUUCUUUUCCGCCCUUUCACCUGUCGUAAUUGGAUUUCUUUCUUUUUGUCACCUUCUCACCUAUCUUAAUAGGCUUUCUUUCUUUCUUUCUUUCUUUCUUUCUUUGCUUUCCGCCCUUUCACCUAUCGUAAUUUUCUUUCUUUCUUUCUUUCUUUCUUUCUUUCUUUCUUUCUUUCUUUCUUUGCUUUCCGCCCUUUCACCUAUCUCUUUCUUUCCUUCUUUCUUUCUUUCUUUUUCUUUCUUUCUUUCUUUCUUUGCUUUCCGCCCUUUCACCUAUCGUAAUUUUCUUUCUUUCUUUUCUUUCUUUCUUUCUUUUUUUCUUUCUUUCUUUUUUCUUUCCGCCCUUUCACCUAUCGUAAUUUUCUUUCGUUCUUUUUCUUUCUUUCUUUCUUUCUUUCUUUCUUUCUUUCUUUCUUUCUUUCCUUUCCACCUUUCACCUAUCGUAAUUUUCUUUCUUUCUUUCUUUCUUUCUUUCUUUCUUUCAUUCUUUCUUUGCUUUCCGCCCUUUCACCUAUCUCUUUCUUUCCUUCUUUCUUUCUUUCUUUCUUUCUUUCUUUCUUUCUUUCUUUCUUUCUUUUCCGCCCUUUCACCUAUCGUAAUCGGAUUUCUUUCUUUCUUUCUUUCUUUCUUUUCCGCCCUUUCACCUAUCAUAUUUGGGUUUCUUUCUUUCUUUCUUUCUUUCUUUCUUUCUUUCUUUCUUUCUUUCUUUCUUUUCCGCCCUUUCACCUAUCGCUUUCUUUCUUUCUUUCUUUCUUUCUUUCUUUCUUUCUUUCUUUCUUUCUUUCUUCCGCUUGAAGUUUCUUGUUUGUUUGUUUCUUUCUUUCUUACUUUUCCCCGCCUUUUCACCAAUCAUAAUAAUCUUUCUUUCUUUCUUUCUUUCUUUCUUUCUUUCUUUCUUUCUUUCUUUCUUUCUUUCUUUUUUCCUUUCUUUCUUUCUUUCUUUCUUUUCCGCCCUUUCACCUAUCGUAAUUUUCUUUCUUUCUUUCUUUCUUUCUUUCUUUCUUUCUUUCUUUCUUUCUUUCUUUCUUUGCUUUCCGCCCUUUCACCUAUCGUAAUUGGCUUUCUUUCUUUCUUUCUUUUCCGCCCUUUCACCUAUAGUAAUUGGCUUUCUUUCUUUCUUUCUUUCUUUCUUUCUUUGCUUUCCGCCCUUUCACCUAUCGUAAUUGGCUUUCUUUCUUUCUUUCUUUCUUUCUUUCUUUCUUUCUCUCUUUCUUUCUUUCUUUCUUUCUUUUCCGCCCUUUCACCUAUCGCUUUCUUUCUUUCUUUCUUUCUUUCUUUCUUUCUUUCUUUCUUUCUUUCUUUGCUUUCCGCACUUUCACCUAUCGUAAUUGGCUUUCUUUCUUUCUUUCUUUCUUUCUUUCUUUCUUUCAUUCUUUUUUUCUUUCAUCGCUUUCCGCACUUUCACCUAUCGUAA